CGGCAGAGCGCGGGGAGCCCGAGACAAGCGAGCAGAUUAUAAAAACGGACCAACCCUCUUGCAUUCCCUCCAGAGGACAUCUCGCGGCUUUCAGCUUAAAUACGAACAGCCCUCCGACCAUUCCGUCUACCCACCUAUACCAGUCGUGUCUCUCUCUCUCAUCUCUCUUAUCUCCUCUUGUCUUUGAUCACUCGAGCGAGCGGGUUAGACCCAGUGCUGGGUGUAGUGUGCGGGUGUGGCUUAAGGGCUAAACAUUAACGCAGAUUAGGGCAGUUUCAUUGGGGGAAUUUACAUUUACAAGCCGGAAGCACCAUUGACUGAUUCACCACCACCACCACGACCAUCAUCAUCUGUGUUGUGACAACCCAGGGACCAGCAAGCGUCCCGAAGGGAGAGCAUCACCCCAAGUGACGCGGCCUUGGGCCCCGCGCUCUGAUCAGGUCACGGGAUCUUCGAGGAAGGAGGAGGACGAGGACAUUUACUAUAUGCUCUGUGUAGCAGGCAAAACGUUGACAUUCAAAUAACAAGACAUUUCUUAACUCAAUUGGAAAAUUGCGUCUUCUCUCCAAAACAUAUAAAACGAUAACGUUUUGAAAGCACAAACGCCAAAUUCGCCCGCAGCCUGUUUCCAACAUCGACCUCCCAUCGCCAUGGCAAAGGACCAGCUGGAACUUCGCUCGGACAUCUUCGUCAAUGACAAUGACAGCAGGGACAGCGGAGAGGAUGGCUACCCGGUGCCCUCCGAGGCAGACAAAGUGACCAUCAGUCAAUACGAUGAACAGUUUGAAACUGAAAGUGCCAACUUUCUCAAUGGUGGAGUAAAGAAAUAUGAUCAACAUGAGGGCAGAGAGUCCUUUGGGAUGUCUGUGUUCAACCUCAGCAACGCCAUCAUGGGCAGCGGGAUCCUGGGCCUCUCGUUUGCCAUGGCCAACACGGGCAUCCUGCUCUUCAUAGUUCUGCUCUUCGGCGUGGCUGUCCUGUCGCUGUACUCGGUGCAUCUCUUGCUGGUCACGUCGGACACUGCCGGCACAAAGUCGUACGAGCAGCUCGGCUUCCUUGCUUUCAAACUUCCUGGAAAGCUGUCUGCAGCCGGCGCUAUCACCUUGCAGAAUGUCGGAGCCAUGUCCAGCUACCUCUUCAUCGUGAAGUACGAGCUCCCGGCGGUGAUUCGCGCGCUGUGCGACCAGUCCGUCCUGGACGCCAAUCCCUGGUAUCUGAAUGGAAACUACUUGGUCAUCCUCGUGAGCAUCGCGAUCAUCCUCCCCCUCUCGCUCAUGAAGAACAUCGGUUACUUGGGAUACACAAGCACCUUCUCCUUGGCCUGCAUGGUGUUCUUCCAAAUAGUGAUCAUCUACAAGAAGUUCACGCUGCCGUGCCCGUUUGAGGACGAGGCGGAGAACGUGACCUUCAACGGCACGCUGCACGGUCCGGCGCACGGCGUGGAGAAGCUGUACACCAACGGCGAGGUUCACGGCAGCGGCGACCUCAACGGCACGCUCGAUGACUCCUGCACAGCCAAGUACUUUGUGUUCAACUCGCAGACGGCGUACGCAGUGCCCAUCCUGGCGUUUGCGUUCGUGUGCCACCCCGAGGUCCUGCCCAUCUACACCGAGCUCAAGAGGCCGACGCGUGCGCGCAUGCAGCAAGUGUCCAACAUCUCCAUCUUCUUCAUGUUCAUCAUGUACCUGCUCACCGCCGUCUUUGGAUACCUCACUUUCUACGAGAACGUGGAGCCCGAGCUGCUGCACACCUUCCUGCACAGCGACCCCUACAACCUGCUCAUCAUGCUCGUGCGCCUCGCCGUGCUCGUGGCCGUCACCCUCACCGUGCCCAUCGUGCUCUUCCCGAUCCGCUCGUCCGUGGAGGAGUUGCUCUUCAAGAACAAGCAGUUCAACUGGAUCCGCCACAUGGCCAUCGCUCUGUGCCUGCUCGUGUUCGUCAACAUCCUGGUCAUCUUCGUGCCGACGAUCCGUGACAUAUUCGGCUUCAUCGGGGCCUCUGCUGCUACAAUGCUCAUUUUCAUCCUCCCGUCCGCCUUUUACAUCAAGAUAGUCAAGAAAUACCCAUUCAAGUCCAAGCAGAAGAUCGGAGCCUUCAUAUUCCUGGUGUCCGGCAUCUUCUUCAUGUUCGCCAGCAUGGGGCUCAUCAUCUCCGACUGGGUGCAGCAGGCGAGGGGUGCCCACUGAGAAGGGGGCGGGGGGCAACUCCCGUUCCGCUCGCAGCAACAGAACCCCCGCCGCCUCCCCAGCCGCCCUGCCGUGCAUCGCCAUCCCAGAGCCAUCCCAGAGCCAUCCGAGACCAAACCGAGCGGGGACGGACCCCCCGAGCAAGACGUCGGCCGGAAAAAUCUCCCUCCGCCAGCCGGGCAACCUCGGCGAUCCCAAACCCCCCCCCCCCCCCCCCACGCGGAGCGACCGCCACCGCGCCCGCCACCGCGCCCGCCACCGCGCCCGCGCCACGGCAACGGCCGUCUUGGUCAAUGGCACACGCGGCGCCACCGCACGCUCUGCGAGCGAUUUCUGCGCGAGUGUUUGGGGGCGUGACGCACGACCCCCACUACCCCCCCCCACCCCGCACCGUUGGGACCGUUUCACUCGCCGCCGCCGCCGUGAUGGGGCAGGGCCUGAGCGACCCGCUUGCCCGUACGGCCCUUUCUGGACUCGGGCGAUGCUUUUGAAAAGCGAGGAAGAGGCGAUGCUGCUGCAAGUGUGACCCUAGAGAGACUGGAAACCCGCAGAGAAGAAGAGCUCGACACGUGGCAUCCUGAGCUACCCGUAGUAGUAACACAGUGUUAGCGGUUAUUCCCGUGACUUAUUACCUUUUAGGAUUUGAGUUAUUUUCUUUUUAGUUUUUUUCGUCAUCGUGUCUCGUUUAAAGGUUUGUUCAGCUCACGACUCUCGUUUCGCCGGUAUUCAUUUCAUCAUGUGGUGCAGGUGGGUUGGUAAAUGAAGGCAAACGUAGUGAACUGGCGUGCUUUGCCAGUUAAUAAAGAAAACGAUAGCCUUGUGUUAUCGACUUUGAUAUUAGCAGGGCUUGCAUUAUCAUACAGACACCAAGUCCUUUCUGUUUUUCGUUUCGUGAAAGGGGCUUACACGCCCCAUGUUUUAAAUAACAACAACAAUAACAAUUGUAACGAUACUCUGUGGGGGCGUACAGGCACUUGUAUCAACGUGCAGAUGGAGGAGUAUUUAACGCUAAAUGUGCCGACCUCUGCAUUACAUGUUUUUGGUCCGUGCACUAUCGUCUUCCAAUUUUUCAAGGCUGUGGCCAGCGUCCGUGCCGACCUUUUGGCGCGACUUCGGGAGUGGAAACCCCCUCGCCUGGGGGUGGGGGGGGGGGCGGGCGGGGGGGACAUUCACGAAGACAUCCCGACUGGGCCGCGUCAAGUCGAGUUUCCCCGCUGCGGAAAAAAACUUGAACAACUGUCGGCGGAAAUGCGAUUUAAUGCUGCAGGUUAUCAAACAGUUGGCCAGGUUCUGUGACUUUACUGCUGCCAUAGUUCCGGUUCACAAUUGCAAGACUCAAGACGGCUUUUUUUGUUUUUGUAUACAAUUGCUGCUUUCACGUCGUUCUCUUGUAGUGUUUCAUUGUGCUUUGACUAUUCUAGAUAAACUCCAAACGCUAUGCCUUAGACAGUAUUUAACUAAGCUAUUUCAAACAAAACCGUUUAGCUCUUUUUCUAUAUACACUUAAGACGUAUCUUAGCUCUAAUCUUACGGACUAUAUCGCUUAACGAUUUUGGUAAUUAACUCGGUCUUUAUUUUCUGAUAUACUGUAGCUCAUUUUGUUUUUGUGCUUUAGUUGGUACUGUUUGAAUGUCGGCUCACAACCUUCAGCAAUCGUUAGUACAUUGUAAAAUAGCCACUGGUCGACGUGCAUGUUGGUAUCGUUUGUACAUAUUGUAAAAUACGGUGCUGAAUCAUAAAAUUAGGGCGUUUAAAUGCAGACGCACAUUCGUCUCUGCAUUGUUCUACAUCUGGAAAAUAAAACCGGUUUUUUUUCAUAGUAUCUUUAUACUACCUUAGCAAACUCGGUCUGUUCAAAUUAUAACUAGCGUAAGCGUCCAUUUCACUGUGUUGUCCAUCGAUAACGCGCAAAAAUCUACUUGCAACUACAGCAUUGCCAAAGUUAGUGACUUCGCGUGGAGCUACGGAUUAAUAUCGUACCUGGGCGAUGGUUCCCUUGCAAACCGCAUCAUCCCAUCCGUAAGAUUAUCCCUAGGCUAGUCGUAACCUCCUGCAUCGUGGUGUUCCCAGAGUUCCUCCUGCCAUUGGACGUUCCUCUCGAGCCAUCUACACAGGCCUAGCCGUAGUGGUGAAGUACUACACACCGACUUAUUGGGCUGGGAUCUCGUCGAGUCUCGGGCGCGGUGCGAUUUGUCGGCGGCGGCGGUGCGGCCUUCCGCGACGUCGUCUCUGCCGGCGAUUGUCGACCGGACGCGGCGUCGCCGCUGGAGCCGGGGACUCGGCCCGAGUGGACGCGCGGCCCCCGCCGCCGCCGCGUGGCCUGCCGCUUGCCGCCAGGGCUCACCUGAGAUGACGAUCAACAAGCUGGGACCAGGCGCAUCACUCGUCGGUGCCACCCGAGGUGGCAUAAUUCCGUGUUUUUGUUUACGUGGACAACAACAGUGAAUAACGUGAUAACCAUUUUUAGAAUGCGUUGGUUAUCAAGUAAUUGACUCUUAAUCGUUAGGACUAAACUGUUGCGACCUUUGGUGGUAUCCAAUCUGCUCUGGAACAUGGACUCAAAGGCUGACCCAGUUAAAACAUGUACAUUAUUUUUAUUUCUUUGGGUGAAUGCAUGUCCUAAUGAAAUGCAGAUAUUGGUUGUCAUUCCCUAGUAUUAAUGUAGUUUAAACACAUUUGUUUUAAUAUAAUACAAAAGGCUGCUUACCAAAACAUCCCGUAACAAAAACCUGCAUCAAAAGUGUGGGCCCAUGAGGGAGUGGAGUUCCGUGUGAUUACUGCUUUGUUAAGUACAAGCGAUUGGCAGUUUGACAAACCUGUUUUGUAGAAUAAGCUACCGGGAUCUAUAAGCAAACUUGGGAAAGUGCGGUCCGUUAACGUUUCGGCAUGCUGUUCACACGAUCACUACACAGGAACAUUGACAAAUUCACCAUGUACCUAAUGUAUGUUGAACUUCUUUCGCACCGUACGUAGCCGACAGUGCAAAUCGGCGGUGCGAGGGAAGGACAACAAACUAAACGCAAAAAGCAGUUGUAAAGAAAAUAGUUUUAAAUUUAAAAGUGCGUAGUGCCAGUCUCUUCCUAAUACCGGAAUAAAGAGCGUUCCAGACGGCCGCACGAGUGUUAUGACAUCACUUUUCACUCCAACAUUAGCCAUCUCUCCCCCCUCCGUCUCCACCCCCUUGCCAACAUGCCCUAUUUAUGAUCGGUUGAACUGCAGUGAACCCAUUGGCCGUUAUUUAUUUCCCCUCUUGUACAUAUACGGUCCGUGUCGCUCUGUAAGUAGCGUGUCUAUGGACGCAAGUCGCUGGGCUUGUGUGUGAACUCGUGGACUUUUAGGACGUGUGGUGUUGCUGGGAAGCACGGCGUUUUCCCAAAUUAACUACUUUAUCUUUUUGUAAACAAUUGCAAUAGCAGGAAUGAGUUUCUCCUCUUCUUUGACUGUAGCCAAACUUUUUUUCAAACGUGUUUAGUCUUCGUUCAACAGCACGGCCUUGUCAUUUCGAGGGAGUGAAAACAUGCGCACCGAUGUUUUUCAAACGUGUUGUCACACUUAAAAGCAGACGUAUCGGUGGGGUGCAUCUGAACGGGCCAUCAUGUUUUGAGGUUCCUGUAUCUAAAAAACAACGUCGCUGUAUACAACUGCCUUGAACACGGCUACAUACAUGUAGUUUCAUGGAUUAAAUGUCCUUCAACAUUUUCUUUAAACUCGGAAUAAUUUUACAUCGCAACUGUAGCUGCAAAGGUUGGCAUUUGAAAGGAAGGCGAUAUUUCGCAACGUAACAUUUCUUCCACUGAGAAUUGAAAACUUCGUGGCACAUUGAAGAGAACGUGGUUGGGUAUAUUUUCACGCACGUAUUACGACUGAAUGUAUUUCCACGUUCUUGUUGCCGUACUUCAGGAGAAUAUGAACCUGUAUUGGCCACCAACACCAUUCUCUUGCCAAAUCGUGGACAGAAAGUGUCUCCAGAUGUAUUUGUGUGUGCGUUAAACAUCUUAAAAGUUCAAAUCAUUGACAGGCCUCUGCGUUUGCCGAGUCUCCUUUUGAGUUGAAGGAAACAUUUCUCCAAUGCGAGCACUUUUGUCAACCUUAACAGAUUCGCGUGAGAGCACGUUUGUCCAGUUAUAAAAGGUCACAUUGUGGAGAAUACUCAACGGCGAUUGCCUGUGUUGGUGACCCUCAUUUAAACCGCCACCCUUUUGGUGUUGAGAAGCGCUUCGUGUACUGGUCCUUGACAUUUGGAAAUGUAAGCAAACAGAAAAAACCUCGCGGUCAUGGGUUUAAAGUGCUUUUGUUAAAGCCCCCUAAUACCGAUAGCAGCUGAAACUCCCAGUGGCAUCACCACGUGAGAAAGAAAGUGAGGCUCUGCUGGGUUGUGCGGUUGUGAAUAAACAACUUUAGACUGUGACGCCACCACCUCGGACGUGUAGAUGGGUGUUUUGGGGUGUUUUUGUAUCGAAAGAAUCGUUUGUGAAAACAGUACAUAAACAAUAAAAAAAACCCUUAAAAGAUGCAA